AUGGCGCGUGCGAAAGAGAAAGCGGUCUCAUGGCAGCUGUCGCCGUCGCCUCCGACGAGUACGGCGACCCCUUCGAGAGACACCCGGCCGCAGGCGUUUGAUUUGUUGCCGCCUUCCACGGCAACGGCUGCGUUGAGCCCGACCUCGGGUAGCGCGUCACCGACGACGAAGUCCACCAGCAGCGUCGAUUUGGCGACCCGGUCAACAACGACGCUAAAUGUCCCGGCGGAGCUCCCGCAGCUGCAGCCGCAGCAGGCUGAGUGGGCGACCACUUCACAGCUUGCCCUACGCGAGGAGGCUCAGAUGGAAAAUGAGGAGCUGCUGCAUCAGCUGGGGGCGCUUCUGCGAAUCCAAGAGGAGCUCGAGCGCCGAUACCAGCAGCGUGAGGCAGCGGCUGCACGUGUUGAGCACCGCCACGCAUCAGAGAAAAGGGUACUUGCACUGGAGAAGGAGCAGGCUCUCGCGCAGCUCAGCCAGGCGUACGAGGAGCAGCUGCAGGCGUUGCGGAAUGCCGAGGUGGUGGCCCAGUCGAAUGCCGACGCCUUGGCUACGGAGGUGGUCACUCUGCGGAGGGAACUGUCGGAGGCCCAAGACGAGCUGCGGAAAUCACUGGAGCAGCAGUUGGAGUGUCAGCGCCAGUCAGAUGAGGCGAUAGUCGCGCGGGCAAGAACACAGGCGGAGUGCGCGACUUUGCGAGCAGCAGCAGCUGACGUGAAAACUGAGCGCGCAGCCGAAAUCACUGCUCAGCUAGCGGAGCUGCAAAGGAAGCUGUGGAUCACCGAGGAGCGUGCCACCGCCGCCGAGCUUGCGCUCCAAUCACUCUGCUCUCAGCUAACUGCCACCGCGGAGAACACGUUAGCGGCUGCAGGCACUGACGCACAGGUAGGACACACGCUUGGCCACGAUGUGACGGCAGACGCAAAGCCGGUGCACUGCUUGCCUAGUUCCGAAUUCGCCAGCAGCGGCGCUCAGGCAACGGCAGCACCGGCGCUUUUUGACGAGGCCGCGGUGCUGACUGCAGUGCUCUCAGCAAUGGAGGACAGCGGCGUGAGUGCUGCGUUCUCCUCUCCACUGCAAGUGUCCUCGCCGACGGGCGGAGAGGCCGUGGCGGAGCUGUCGCGCUCAGACUCCAAUGGCACUUCGAGGAAGAUAGAGACGCCGUUUUCACAGCAACAGCUCACUGCACCCGUUUUGCCGCCAUCUUCUGACGCGAGCGGCGCUCCCAUACGGGUCCGUCUAUCGAACGCCGGGCUCUUGCGCUGUCGGCAGCAUCGACAGCUGCUGCAGGUCGUUCUGGCACGCGUGUCGGAUGGGUACCAGCGAGUCGCACGAGAAGCCGCCGCAGAUGCGCGCGCAGCCAAGGUGGAGCACGUUCUUUCCAAUGAGGUCAAGGAGCUGCGCGCACAACUCGAGCAAUCUCAGCUGCUGCCGUCAAACGAGCCCGACCGACAAGACGAAGACUCAUGCACUCGUGAAAGGGACGUUGCAGGAUGCCAGGCGACACAAUCCAUCGUGCAACGCCGCUCCUCUGUCGGCGUAGUCACGGAUGGCGUGGACGCGUUCAGCGUUAAGGCACCGGAAACUGCCGCCGCUGCAGCAUCGCAGCAUUGGGGAGCAGUGGAGAGGGCCGCGUACGAAGAGGCCCUUGCUGAGGCACAGCGGCAACUCCGCCACGAGCGCAGCUACAUUUUCCAGCUACAAAAGGAGGUUCAGUCCUUACGUACCUCCAGCUACUCGACGACCGUGCUCGAGAGCCUCACAGAUACAGUGCAGAACAUGCGUGUGGCUGUGUGCCGGCUGGUACGGGACGCCGUCGCCGACGUGCAACGGAUCUUCGAACAGGAGCCGAAGCGGCUCCAGGCAUCAGCGACCAACGUUCGCGGCUGCGCGAGCGAGAUGAUAUGGGGAGAUGACGCAAGGCAGGUCCUUCGCGGAAGAUGGCGCGCCACGCAUGAGGAGGGUAGGCAUCACCUGAGCAACGGCCUCUCUGGUCGCGAGCCGGACCGUGUGCGCUGCAUGACGCCCGAACCGCUUUCUUCUUCCCCGCUGCUCGACUUCGCUUUUGUGCGUGUUGUUCACAAGUCCAUCUUGCGGGCGGAGGCUCAUGUUCAGCAGGUCAGCACCACACUCCUGAAAGACUACCAGCGAGUUUUCUCCGACGCACACGCCUUGUUGGGCACUGACAAAGAGGACCAGGAUACGGCGUACACGACCUUUGCCCCUCCUCGUUCCCAACAGAUGUCAUGCUCCGCGAGGGACGGUGUGCACAACUCAUUGGGCGGAGCUCAUGGGGCUUCUCGGGAGGUGCCGUCGCGGCAGCUUGCCGAGGGAGGCGGCACUUCUUUUGGCGGUGGUUUUCCAUCACCGUCGCCAGCGAUUGCUUCUUCCGGGGCCACCAGGAAGCGAACCGCACAACAGCAGAGAGUGUACGCGGAGAUGCGUGAUCUCCUCCAACGAUCAGCGCCUUCCCACGACGGCAUGAACGUGUCCACAGUGUCACCCUCGCAUCACUCGCCUGAUGGGUCUCGGUGGUUGUUGAGGGCUCGACCACCGCAGGCUCGUCCAUCAGGCAUGAACGUCUCUCCUACUUCUAAGCCGUCGCCCUACGCCGCUGCUUAUGUCACCGAUUCCGCAGAGCUCCUCCGAGCAGCCUCAUCUUGCGUGCCACUCGACUCCGCAGCGAAGUCGGUGGCCCUCUCUGCUGAUGCGCGGCUAGGCUUUGCGCACUUGGCAGAUGCGACGCAGGAGCUGCGCAAUGUGGGGCGGGUGCUGGACAAUAUCCGAGACGCAGAGGAAACACGCGAGGCAAGGCGGCAGCAGUGUCUGCAGGAUUGGCAGGACGCCAUCGUGGAGGCGGUGAACGGCGUGAGUGGGCGAAUCGAAGGCGCUUUGACACUUCUGCAGCGUCCUGGUGUGGGAGCGGAGGUUCUUCCGUGUGACACGAGGAAGCGGGCGGAGGAUGCCCACGUUAUGUCCACACUGAGGGCCGUGUCUGCUGAUAUCUGCGCUGAUCCCGCAGGCGACGCGCUAGAGCGAGGACGACAGAGACAAAACGCGCAGCUAUCAGUCAGUCACGAGAUGAAGAACCCAGUCGCGCCACACCACGGACCAUCGCGUCUCUCCGAGGUGCUGUCCGAAAAGAUGCGCUCAAAGGCGGACGGUGGCACUCUUCUCUCCGCUUGA